GAGCUCACGCAGCACACUCGCUUACACAGUAUGGCCGGCGACAUUAGCUAGCGCUCGCUCUACUCUCUCUAACGGGGAAGCAGCGGACUACAAGAGACUGAACUGUAUCUGCCUCUAUUUCCAACGGACUCACGUUCAACUUUCGCUCACACACACACAAGCCGGGAAAAUUUUAUUAAUCCUUUUUUAAAAAAAGUUAAUAUAAAAUUAUAGCAAAAAAAAAAAAGGAACCUGAACUUUACUAACAGCUGGAACAAUCCGCAGCGGCGGCGGGAGAAGAGAUUUAAUUUAGUUGAUUUUCUGUGGUUGUUGGUUGUUCGCUAGUCUCACAGUGAUGGAAGCUGCACAUUUUUUCGAAGGGACCGAGAAGCUGCUGGAGGUUUGGUUCUCCCGGCAGCAGCCCGACGCAAACCAAGGAUCUGGGGAUCUUCGCACUAUCCCUAGAUCAGAAUGGGAUGUACUUUUGAAGGAUGUGCAAUGUUCAAUCAUAAGUGUGACAAAAACUGACAAGCAGGAAGCUUAUGUACUCAGUGAGAGUAGCAUGUUUGUCUCCAAGAGACGUUUCAUUUUGAAGACAUGUGGUACCACCCUCUUGCUGAAAGCACUGGUUCCCCUGUUGAAGCUUGCUAGGGAUUACAGUGGGUUUGACUCAAUUCAAAGCUUCUUUUAUUCUCGUAAGAAUUUCAUGAAGCCGUCUCACCAAGGAUACCCACACCGGAAUUUCCAGGAAGAAAUAGAGUUUCUUAAUGCAAUUUUCCCAAAUGGAGCAGCAUAUUGUAUGGGACGGAUGAAUUCUGACUGUUGGUACUUGUAUACUUUGGAUUUCCCAGAGAGUCGGGUAAUCAGCCAGCCAGAUCAAACCCUGGAAAUUUUGAUGAGUGAGCUUGACCCAGCAGUUAUGGACCAGUUCUACAUGAAAGAUGGUGUUACUGCAAAGGAUGUCACUCGUGAGAGUGGAAUUCGUGACCUGAUACCAGGUUCUGUCAUUGAUGCCACACUGUUCAAUCCUUGUGGGUAUUCAAUGAAUGGAAUGAAAUCAGAUGGAACUUAUUGGACUAUUCACAUCACUCCAGAACCAGAAUUUUCUUAUGUUAGCUUUGAAACAAACUUAAGUCAGACCUCCUAUGAUGACCUGAUCAGGAAAGUUGUGGAAGUCUUCAAGCCAGGAAAAUUUGUGACCACCUUAUUUGUUAAUCAGAGUUCUAAAUGUCGCACUGUGCUUUCUUCUCCUCAGAAGAUUGAAGGCUUCAAACGUCUUGAUUGCCAGAGUGCUAUGUUCAAUGAUUACAAUUUUGUUUUUACCAGUUUUGCUAAAAAGCAGCAACAACAGCAGAGUUGAUUAAGAAAAAUGAAGAAAAAACGCAAAAAAAGAAGACACAUAAAUGGUGGUGGCUGCUUUCUAGACGUUGAUACCGGGGGUCAUGCUUUCCAUAACCACCACCUUGUAGUUGCAAAAAGCCCUAGAUGUAAUGAUAGUGUAAUCAUUUUGAAGUGUAUGCAUUAUUAUAUCAAGGAGUUAGAUAUCUUGCAUGAAUGCUCUCUUCUGUGUUUAGGUAUUCUAUGCCACUCUUGCUGUGAAAUUGAAGUGCAUGUAGAACAUAACUUUUACUAUAAGAAACUUUAUAACACUUGUGAAAACAAUUCAAUUUGGUUUAUGCACAGUAUAUUUCUGCAGGUAUCAUCCAAAAUUCCCCACAGACAAGGCUUUCGUCCUCAUUAGGUGUUGGCCUCAGCCUAACCAUCUGGGACUGUUCUAAUUGCUGCCAGAAUUUUACAUCCAGUUACCUCCACUUUCUAGAACACAUUCUCUACUAAUGUUACUGAAACCAGUUUCUACUUCAUACAGAUGUUUUUUGUGACAGCAAUUAAAAUUUUUCUUCCACAAGUUGGAUCCUCAUAGAAUGAUUGUAGUUACUCCUUUUGCGUGUAUUACUAUUUUAAUAAUUGUUCUUGCAUUUGUAGUCUUAUGAUUGGUUUCUUCCCUCACCAUGGUGUCUUCUCCCUCUGCCCCUCAUAUAAAGCAAUACACUGUUACACUGUGGGUUUAUAUACAAAUCUCAUACCCCAGAGGGGGAAGCAGGGAGGUGAUCCCUGAGUUGAAUUUUUUUUCAAGGGUAUUGGAAUUUUGCCUUCUUUGUUGGCAUGGGCUCUUUUAAAAAAAAAAGUAGCAAAGUUUAAUGUAUCAAAUCUUUUGAAUCAUAUCUACCCAGCAAGAACCCAUAGAAAAAUUAUAGAUUUUCAGAGUAUUCUGUAAACAAUCCAACCAUGUUCUAUUCUUAAGUAAAUUGGAUUGGCUUCUAAUGGAAUAUACUAACUUGUUAAGUACUGGUAGAAAAGAACUUAUUACUGAGUAUGUAAGCAAGGACAUUUAGCAUAAAGGUUAUCUGUUCAGCUUGGAUCAUUUACCUUAUACUUUGAGCAGCCGCUGCCACUAAUUUUCAUUAGCAAUCUCUACUAUAAACUAGAGUUCAGAAUAGAGUAAGUGGCUUUUUCAUCUUGUGGCUUAAAGUUCUGUGAUGCACAUGAGAUGUUGGUUCUUCCUGUUCCUGUGUGGUCUUUUUACCAUGGCAGUCACAGGACAAAUAAUGUCCAGAAUGAGAAUGAGAACCGUCAGGCUAUCAUACAACUAUGUGGCAGGAUUUUUGAAUGAAUAAAAGACACCAAAAUUCUUAAAUACUCAACUAGAAAUGUAGGCUUUCAAGAGUUGGCAUCUUUUAAGCUAUAUUUGCAAAAACUGGUAAGCAACUGAGAGAAGAGCAAAGUUAACUAAAUUUUAUAUUUAUUGUCCACAAUAUUUUCUUGAUAAUUUCUGGAUUGAUGCAGUGAUGUUUUAUUCCUUCUGUAUUUAUAAAUGAAACACCGUUUGUUAGUGUUUCUAAACAAUACUUGGUUUGAGAUCAAGUGGUUGGAACACUGUUGACUUUUAUUUUAAGCAUGCUGUUGAUUGAACAUUUAAUUGAAGCUUUCAAUUAGCUUUAUCCAUUUGAUUCUUACUGAGCACAGCACCUAAUGUUGAGACUUGCUCUGUUGGGAGGAUUUUGUUCUUGAACAGUAUCCCUGUAGAUUUUGAUGACAUUUUUGGCUUGAGGUCUGGUUUUUCUUUUCCUAAUAUAAUUAAGAGUUCUAAUGUUGAAAACUUGCACACAUUUAUGUGGAGCAAAGCUUAGAAAGAUGAAAACUAUAGAUUUGAAUAGAAAUUUAUCCUCGUGUGGUAGAGGAGGGAAAUUUUUGGUGUCAUAAUUUCUCUCUUCAUUGAUUGGUGUUGGACUUUAAUCAGUUGAAAUGUAUUUCUGUACCACAAUGUAAGCUUCAAUAAAAAAUUUGCUUAAUUGUCUAGA